AUGGGGGUUGCAUCUCUCUCGGUCGACUCCUGGAGUCUAGCUUUCCACAUGCGUACAACAUGGCUGCAAUAUGCUUUAUCAGACCCAUGCCUAUUCCACGUCAUACUGUUUUACGCGUCAGCCCGAUUAGAUGCCAAUCAGGGAAAGAAAUAUCAGAGCGCAACUACUCUUCAUCACCAAACAGAGGCCGUGAAUCUCAUUAACCGGCAACUGGCUGCCGAGAGAGUGGAACUUAAUGAUGGCUUGAUUGCUUGCGUUGCUCUCCUAGCUAUGCAUGCGUGCGUUGAAAACGACCCGUCUACUAUGCAAAUCCAUAUCAGGGGCAUGAUGAGUAUGGUCCAAGCCAAGGGUGGGCUGAAAAAUCUGGGGUUUGACGGCUCUCUAAUUGAUAUGGUUUAUAUGGUCAAGAUAUUCUCGACGGUCCUAGCGGCAGCGGCCACUCUGGAUAUAGAAACGGCAUCUUCCUGUCCCCCGCCCACGCCGCUAAUCACGUCCAUCAUCCAUCGAGCACGGCUAAAUUCCGUCACAUUCAACAGAGCCAAAUCUAUCAUCCCAUUAUUCCAAGAGAUCCAUGACGCCGGAUUCUUCUUCCAAGAUUUUAUAACAGGUCAGAAAUGUCCCUAUAAAUGGCGCCAAAUGCGCGACGGCGUCACUCCACCCUCCGGCGCUGUGGCGCUGUUCCGACCGAAUCCAUCCCUGCUCCCAUCGGAUGACACCGUCUACACAGCGUGCAAAGCAACCACGAGCAUAUUCUGGUAUCUAGCUGACGGCACCACACUUGUCGAUUCUACGAUUCUAGGGCAAUUUCCUGUCUCUUCCUAA